CAACCCUCAUUUCAAGCACCAGCACCGAUAUUCAGAACUUAUGAGAUCCCCGCCGAUGGCGAAAGCCAGGCCGGCAGCCUCCCGGCCUCCCCGGCCCCACCCCCAGUCGCCGUCAACCCUUUCGGCGCCCCCCUCGCCGCCGCCAACCCCUUCGGGGCCCCCCUCUCGCCGCCCCCCCUUUCGGGGCCCCCUCUUUUGCCGCCCACUCCUUCGGCAUCAACUCCUUCGCCGCCAACCCACCGGCCGCCAACCCAUUUGCCGCCAACCCAUUUGCCGCCAACCCAUUUGCCGCCAACCCCCUGGCCGCCGGGUUCCCCGGCGCCGGGAGCCAGGAGGAAGACGCAGAGGGCGAGGCGUCAGAUGUGGACAUGGCAGAGCACGAGGAAGACGACGGUGACGACGAGGUCGAGAGGGAGAAACUGGCGCUCAUGCUCCCAACGGGCAGCAGCAACUUCGCCCCAAAGCCGCUCAUGACCUUUAUGGUCUACAAACCGGAGAUGCAGUGCGAGAUCUGCUGGACGACGGGGCUUGAGCUUCCCGAGGAUCCCAGCCUCGGUGGCGAGAGUGACCCAGAGGUCGACAACGCGACGCCCGAGCUGCUGCCCUGCGGGCACGUGUUCUGCCACGAGUGCAUCACCAGGUGGUACGAGGGCAAGAACUACUUCUGCCCAAGCUGCAAGGCGGAGCUGGUCUACGGCUGCGACCGCGACCACUCCAUCCCGCCCAUCCCCCUCGCGCAGUCAACCAUCGGCGGGAUUCCCAAGACUCUGCCAGAGGGCGGGGAGAUUCCCGCCCGCUGCACCGACUGCGAAGAGAGCGUCAUCAAAGACCGCCAGGCCGUCAUCCUCAGAGAGCUCAGGGGCCGGAUCGCAGAGUUGCAGCAUCAGUUCAGAGAAGGCGACGAAGACGCCGAGAGGCAGCUUGCCGACUUCUACCGGCACCAGGAAGUCCUCCGCGAGGACCAGCAAGAGCUCAACUUUCGCAAAUUCACCUAUUCGUCCUGGUAGUUUAGCGGAACGAGACCGCACGGCGCAAAAUGUCUCGCUGCAUUACAAGGGUCUUUGCGGCAGACUCAUACAUAUAACCUGGCACCUAGCACCGACCCA